GGCAACGUAGUAAAUUGAUUGGCACAUGCUCUCACAUUUGAACCAUAAAUAUUCCAGCAUCACAAAACCCCCAAAACUGACGAAAUCAAAUAUCCUCAUCGCUGAAGAAUACUAAGAAUUUUCCCGAGAAAAUUCCCGUAUUUUCUAUCGAACCAAAUACCUUUCCUCCUCCUUUCAGAAACCCUAGAUGUCAACGUCAAGCCAACCCCAAUUCCGUUAUACCCAGACGCCGUCGAAGGUCUUGCAUCUCCGUAAUCUCCCAUGGGAGUGUACGGAAGAGGAAAUCGUUGAACUUUGUAGACCCUUUGGGAAGAUCGUUAACACUAAGUGCAAUGUUGGCGCCAAUAGGAACCAAACUUUUGUUGAAUUUGUAGACUUAAAUCAGGCUAUUUCGAUGGUUUCAUACUAUGCUUCAUCAUCAGAGCCAGCACAGGUUCGUGGAAAAACUGUUUAUAUUCAAUAUUCAAACAGACAUGAAAUUGUCAACAACAAGAGUCCUGGAGAUACCCCAGGAAAUGUGUUGCUUGUUACCAUUGAAGGCGUGGAAGCUAAUGAUGUGAUCAUUGAGACAAUUCACUUGGUAUUUUCUGCAUUUGGUUUUGUUCACAAAAUUGCUACUUUUGAAAAGGCUGCUAGCUUCCAGGCAUUAAUCCAAUUCACUGAUGCUGAAACUGCUUCUUCAGCGAGGGAUGCCUUGGAUGGUAGAAGUAUUCCCAGGUACUUGCUUCCGGAUCAUGUUACUUCUUGUCACCUGCGGAUCUCGUAUUCUGCGAACACUGAUCUGAAUAUCAAGUUUCAGUCUCAUCGGAGCAGGGAUUAUACCAAUCCAUACCUUCCUGUCAAUCCGACUGCAAUGGAGGGGCUUAUGCAGCCUGCAGUUGGUCCAGAUGGAAAAAAGCAAGAACCUCAGAGCAAUGUGCUACUUGCUUCAAUUGAAAAUAUGCAGUAUGCUGUGACAGUAGAUGUUCUUCACACGGUAUUCUCUGCAUUUGGUGCGGUCCAAAAGAUUGCUAUAUUCGAGAAGAAUGGUGGAACACAGGCACUAAUUCAAUAUCCGGAUGUCACGUCCGCAGCUGUUGCCAAAGAAUCCUUAGAGGGACACUGCAUAUAUGAUGGUGGCUAUUGCUUAUAGUGAAAAAAGUAGAGAUUACAUGGUCUCAGACCUAAGUUUGCUCGCGACGCAUGUUCCAGGAAUGUCUGCCUCUUCAAA